UCCAAGAAACAACUCCGGCGCAUGUUAGCUUCGUUCAAGUGUGAUCAUCAUCAAUCGAUCGUUUACUUACUUACUUACUACUCUGUUUCGAUUGAGAAGAAGAAGAUGACGAAGAUGGCGAGAGCAAGCUCUAUUCUAUUUGGAACUCUCCUCCUUCUCGGAGCCGUAGCUUCAAUCGAGGCAAAAGAAGAUCUGAAAGAGAUUACUCACAAGGUUUACUUCGAUGUCGAGAUCGACGGCAAAUCCGCUGGUCGCGUUGUUAUAGGACUAUUUGGCAAGGCAGUUCCUAAAACUGCAGAAAACUUCAGAGCUCUGUGCACAGGGGAGAAAGGUGUUGGGAAGAGUGGGAAGCCUCUACACUACAAGGGAAGCAAAUUCCAUAGAAUCAUUCCCAGCUUUAUGAUCCAGGGAGGUGACUUCACACACGGAAACGGUAUGGGUGGAGAAUCAAUCUACGGUCAGAAGUUUGCAGAUGAGAACUUCAAGCUGAAGCACACUGGGCCAGGUUUGCUUUCGAUGGCUAACUCGGGAGAAGACACAAACGGUUCACAGUUUUUUAUUACAACCGUGAAAACAAGCUGGUUAGAUGGAAGGCAUGUGGUGUUUGGGAAAGUGGAGCAAGGAAUGGAUGUUGUCUACAAGAUUGAAGCUGAAGGAAAGCAAAGCGGAACUCCUAAGAGCAAAGUCGUUAUUGCAGACAGUGGAGAACUUCCUCUCUAAACCGUAUACCCAAAAACCCUUCUUCUUCUUCAGGAUGCGAGUUAGUUUAUAAUGUAAACAUGUCCCAAACGCUACAAGAACAGAAUCACUUUUAAGUUUCAAAGGUUGGUUUCAUUAAUAUUGACUUAUAGAGAGAGUUUUUGCUUUUGUUUUGAUUUUCUGGUGGUGUUGUUGGGGAAUGUCAAGAAAUUCAGAAUAAUGGUAUGGUCAUCCUUAAGUA